AUGUCCGACCUCAACUCCUGGGAGGACGAUCCGUCCGCUCAGGACGAGAACCUCGCCCGCCAGGCCCAGCAGCAGCUCAAUGUGAACCCCGGCAACCCCGCCCCCGCACAAGGCAGCUUCCGACCCAGCGUCGCUUCGUUCCAACCCGGCGCCGCUUCGUUCCAGCCCGGCCAGCAGUAUGGAGGAUACGCGCAGCAGUACCAGCAGCAACCAUACUACCAGCAGGGCUAUUAUCCUCAGUACGGCGCCCAGCAGGGCUUCAACCAGCAACAGCAGCAGUUCAACAACCAGGGUUACAGCGGUGGUUACAACCAAGGCUAUGCUGGAGGCUACCCCCAGUAUGGUGCCCAGGGCCAUCAACAACCUGCUCAGGCUCAGCCCGCUGCCCCUACCAUUGCCCAGCGAACGACUGACGCUCCCGCCGCCCCUGCAGCCCCGAAGGUCCUCAGCAUCAGUGCUGAUGGCACUGUGCCCAAGCCCAAGGCCAAGGUGCUGUCUCUCAGUGGCGCCUCUGCACCGGCCAAGGAGAAGGAACCCGUCAAGGUUGAGCCCACCGACAAGCCCGAGGCUGGCCAGAAGGCUGCGGCCGCCAAGGCCAUCGAGAAGACUGGCGAAAAGGCUGCCAAGUCUGGCAAGACCUCCCCUAGCCCUGCUGCCUCCGGUCGCUCUAGCCCUUCGGCUGGCGACAAGAAGCCCGUUCGUGAUAUCGAUGCUGUCCAGAAAGAGCAGGCUGCCGACGUCGACGAGGAGACGCUCAAGGAAAUUUACGGCAAGGAGCACAUCAACAUCAUCUUCAUUGGCCACGUCGAUGCCGGAAAGUCGACUCUCGGUGGAUCUAUCCUGUAUGCGACUGGCAUGGUGGACGAGCGAACCAUGGACAAGUACAAGAAGGAGGCCAAGGAUCUGGGCCGUGAAUCCUGGUACCUGUCAUGGGUCAUGGAUCUGAACAAGGAGGAGCGAUCUCAGGGAAAGACCAUCGAGGUUGGCCGUGGUUUCUUCGAGACUGAGAAGCGCCGAUACAGUAUCUUGGACGCCCCCGGCCACAAGACCUACGUCCCCAACAUGAUUGGAGGUGCUUCCCAGGCCGAUGUUGGUAUUCUGGUCAUCUCCGCCAGAAAGGGCGAGUACGAGACUGGUUUCGAGCGAGGUGGUCAGACCCGCGAGCACGCUAUGCUUGCCAAGACGCAGGGUGUCAACAAGCUCAUCGUUGCUAUUAACAAGAUGGACGACCCUACUGUCGAAUGGUCCCAGGACCGAUACAAGGAGUGUACCACUAAGCUCGCUCAGUUCUUAAAGGGUACUGGAUAUAACCUGAAGACCGACGUCUUCUUCAUGCCCGUUGCCGCUCAGCAGUCUCAGGGUAUCAAGAACCGUGUCCCCAAGGACGUUGCGCCUUGGUGGGACGGCCCGUCGCUGUUGGAGUACCUCGAUAGCAUGAAAGCCCUGGAACGCAAGCUGAACGCGCCGUUCAUGUUGCCCGUCAACGGCAAGUACCGCGACAUGGGUACGAUUGUGGAAGGCAAGAUCGAGGCCGGUGUCGUUAAGAAGAACAUGGGUCUGAUCAUGAUGCCGAACAAGCAGAAUGUGGAAGCCUCAGCUUUGUACGGUGAGCAGGAGGAGGAAGUUCAAGUUGCGCAGUGCGGUGACCAGGUGCGAAUUCGUCUCAAGGGCAUUGAAGAGGAGGAUAUUCUCCCUGGCUUUGUGUUGUGCUCGCCCAAGCGAUUGGUACACACUGUGACCGAGUUCGAGGCUCAGAUCCGCAUCUUGGAGCUCAAGAACAUCUUGACGGCUGGCUUCAACUGCGUGCUGCAUGUUCACUCAGCGAUCGAGGAGGUGACGUUUGCGGCUCUUUUGCACAAGCUACAAAAGGGAACGGGCCGCAAAAGCAAGAACCCCCCUACGCACGCCAAGAAGGGCGAGAGCAUCAUCGCGCGCAUGCAGGUGAUUGGCGGAGCCGGCGCUGUGUGCGUGGAGAAGUUUGAGGACUAUCCCCAGAUGGGUCGAUUCACCCUCCGAGACCAGGUUGGUUCUACCGUCCCCCAUCCACCGUCCCGUCCAUCCCCCCGGUCCCGAAAAAAGGGACUGCCGUGUGGGGGAGCAGAAUGGCGGGGGUUGCUUCGAUCAACCUCAGAUCACUAA